AUGUAUCGCUUUAACAAAGUUCUAGAUGCAUCACUCAUUGCAUUAGUCUCCUUUCAUUUAUUUAUAUCCCCAUUCACCAAAGUGGAAGAGUCAUUCAAUAUCCAAGCAAUUCAUGAUAUCUUAAGAUUUGGCGUUUUCCCGCUUGAGACAAUCGACAAUUAUGACCACAAACAAUUUCCCGGAGUCGUUCCAAGAACAUUUCUUGGGAGCCUUGUCGUGGCGGGACUCACUAAACCAAUAUUGUUGUUAAGUUCUGCAUUGGGAUUUGAAAUUGAGGGUUAUGAGUUACAAAAAUUGGUACGUGCUGUUUUAGGACUUAUCAAUGUACUCAUGUUGAUUCAAUUAAGAGAUAGCAUAAAUAAAAUAACAUUAAGAGACAAGAAGAGUAAGAGAAAGGGAGUGAUUGGGUUUUGGUAUAUGAUUCUUUUAUUAUCCCAAUUCCAUUUGCUUUAUUAUUCAUCGCGUACUUUGCCCAACUUUAUUGCGUUACCCUUGGUCAAUUUUUCCCUUAGUAAAAUCAUUCAAGGAGAUUUGUCGGGUCUUACCUGGCUAGCAUUUACAGGUAUUGUGUUUCGAUUGGAAGUAGGGUUAUUUGGGUUAAUAAUUGCAAUUGUGUCAUCGUUGGUAUUUGGCCAAUCUAACAUUUUUGGUAAUAUAAUUUACUUGGCCAUGGGCACUUUACUAGGUGGAUUCACCAGUUUUUGUAUCGACUCCUAUUUUUGGGGUAGACCUUUGAUCCCUGAAGUGGAUUCUUUUAUUUUUAAUAUUAUUCAAGGAAAGUCCAGUGAAUGGGGAACAGAGCCAUGGGAUACAUACUUUAAAAAGUAUUUAUUUCAAUUAUUUAGACCACCGGUUAUAUUGAUGUUGGCGAUUCCUGGAUUGGUGAAUGAUCCAGCCAAUGAUGGCACCAAAUUUGGAGAUAAAAAGUCGGUUCCUCACCCUGCAAGGUAUUCGUUGCGUAUUUUGUUUGUUUCCUGUAUUUUGCUUAUCGUUGCAAUGUCAUUCCAACCACAUAAAGAAUGGAGAUUCAUUGUUUAUACUAUUCCAAUUUUCACGUUGCAGGCAGCUAAUGGGGUAACAAACAUUUGUCAAAAAUGGGGGUUGAGCGUACUCAACAAGGUGUUGGUUUUUAUUAUUGCCGCAAAUGUUAUUAUUAGCUGCAUAUUGUCGUUGCAGAUGGGCUACAUUUCUAGUUUCAAUUACCCAGGUGGUGACGCUUUGCAAUUCACAAACAACUAUAUUUUGGAAAAUUACAAAAAUGAAACCGUGUCUGUGCACAUGGACGUCCCGGCUUGUAUGACUGGAAUUACUAGGUUUGGAGAGUUGGAUAGUAAACUUGCUAUUUAUGAUAAGAGUGAACAAGAUUUUGAUAUCACUAAUUACGAUAUUAUAAUUACCCAUAACGAGGUCCCAAACUGGGAGUUAUUACAUUCAUCAAGAGCGUUUGACGGAAUUUCUCUCAGAAUGUUUGUGCAAAUACUUAUGGCUCAAAGAAAAGACAAGAUGACUAUCUUCAAUAUUACAAAAUUAAUAUUAAGCGAAUUCGUGCAAGGAGAGUUUGGAACAGUUCAUGACAUGUUGAGGUCAACAAUCACGACCGUUGAAUAUUUGAACGUUUACAAAAAUCUGAAUAGAAACCCGCAUGUCAUACUGGGUGUUCCCGAAACAGAAAUAGUCGACCAAGAGAUUGAUCCCGAGGAAAUUCGACAAGAUGUAAACGAACAGAUAGAUAAGUUUGAAAGUGCUGUAUUAUAA